UCCUUAAAACAAGGCACAUGUCCCAUGCAUCAACACUUCAGUCUCGCCAUUACCAGUACCACACACGCACUCGCUAAUUGCAAUUUGCAGCCAGCAGCACCAAUUUGUUCUGUCUUGUCUGCAUUCCUGCAGUCGCUUAAGAACUAGUAGUAGCUAGGUAGGAGUUUGAAAGAAGCUAGCCAAAAAGAUGAAGGCCAAGACGAAGAUCAGAAAGGCUGCCGACUUCUUGAGGAAGGCUGUGCGGGCGCUGAGGGGCAGGGCCGGCGUCCUCAGGGCGCGGCUCCUCUUCCUCGCCUCGCUCCGCCACAGGACGGCGAUGGUCGGCACCGUGUCGCGCCACCUCCGCGCCCUCAUGCCGGGCCGCCAGAGAGACCCGGUGCACGACCACCGCAAGGCCCUAGCCUUGUCGACGAUGGCGGCGGAGGAGGACGGGCAGGCUGCGAAGCAUGGAGUCGACGUCCCAGGCCUCUCCGGGCUGUUGCAAGAAGUGGUCGGCGACGACGAUGACGGCCACUGCGGCUACCCGGACUGGACGCACUCACUGUUCGACGACGACGAUGACGACUGCAACCUCCAGGAGGGCGACGAUGUUGACGAGGAACGCGGUGGUGGCGCGGAGGCAAUGGAGGAAGAUCAGCUGCCUGACGACGAGCCGUCGGUGAUGGACGUCAUCAGGAGGUGCAGGGAAGGGGACGGAAUGGAGUUCAACAUCGAGGAGGAGAUCGACCACGCCGCUGACAUGUUCAUACGGCGGGUCCGCAGCCGAAUGAGCAACCGGAGCUUCUAGACGUCCUGGGCCUUCGAUUGGUUUGUUUCUUCGUCACUGAGCUUUCGUACUACUACUACAUAACUUGGUUAAACAUGGCAUAUGACAGAUGCAUGUUUUUCCCCGUUAAAGUCACAGCGUUAAAGUCACAGUCAUACUUAUGUACUCCCUCUGUCUCAUAAUAUAAGAACGUUUUUGACACGAAUAAUUAUACAACUACUAUCGUCAUAUUAGUUUCACAACGAUCUUCCUUAAUUUUACUGGACUUGUUAUCAAGUACUCCCUCCGUCCCGAAAUACUUGUCAUCAAAAUGAAUAAAAAGGAUGUAUCUAGAUGUAUUUUAGUUUUAGAUGCAUCCAUUUUGUCCAUUUUGAUGACAAGUAUUUUCGGACAGAGGGAGUACCAAUUAUACUAGGAUUUUUACUACAAUAUUUAGCACUUGAUAUU